AUGGGCAAGUACCCCGAUCUAUAUGAGGCGUCCAUUGCCGAGCUCCAAGAUGGUCUGGAGAAAGGUAUCUUCACAAGCGUCGAUCUCGUGAACGCAUACUUGGCGAGGACAGAGGAAGUCAAUCUCAAGGGGCCCGCCUUGCAUGCCGUCAUCGAGACGACUCCGAAUGCGCUAGAGCAGGCUGCUGUCUUGGAUAAUGAGAGAAAGACAUCCGGUGCUCGUGGACCACUUCAUGGGAUACCGAUACUUCUGAAGGACAACAUUGCAACCCUUCACAGCCAAGGAAUGAACACCACAGCAGGCUCUUAUGCUCUACUUGGUUCCGUCGUUCCCCGCGAUGCGACUGUCUCCGCCAUGCUGAGGGCUGCAGGUGCUAUCCUUCUUGGCAAGGCAAGUCUUUCAGAGUGGGCGAACUGGCGCGGCGAAGUGCCUUCUGGCUUUUCAGGACGCGGAGGACAGUGUAUCAGCCCGUACGUCUCGCUCGGUAAUCCUUCCGGUUCAAGCUCUGGGAGCGGUGUGGCAAUAGCAAUCGGGUUGGCAGCGGGCUCUCUGGGGUCGGAGACAGACGGCUCGAUCAUAUCGCCCAGCAGCUACUGCAACAUCGUGGGCAUUAAGCCCACUGUUGGUCUCACUUCCAGAGCAGGAGUCAUCCCUAUCUCUGAGCAUCAAGACUCAAUCGGGCCGAUGUGUCGCACCGUCGCCGACGCGGCGGUCAUCCUGAAUUCCAUCGUCGGGCGUGAUCCUCUGGACAGCUACUCGCUCUCACAACUAGAAAUUGCGCCGGAUUACAUCCAGGCACUCCAGGCAGACGGCUUGAAAGGCGCGCGGCUCGGAGUGCCCAGGAAGCUGUUCGAGAAAGCGGAUGUCAACAUCAUUGCGGCAUUCAAUGCGACCUUGGACGUCUUCCGCGAAUUGGGAGCAACCAUAAUUGAUCCUGCUGAGUUCCCUGAGUACGACAAUGAUGCUAUCGCUCAGAGAGAGACUAUCGUACUCCGCACGGACUUCAAGGUUAACGUCAAGCAGUACAUAUCACAGCUUGUUGAGGUGCCCACCGGCGUGAAGGAUCUUUCCGACUUGAUCACCUUCAACAAGGAACACGCGGAUAUAGAGUUGGUAGAGCCAUACUGGAAGGAUCAGUCCACCUUCAUAAAGUCGAAUGAGACGACCCCAGACCAGGCAUUCUAUGACGCGCUCGCGGCAAACACGGCGAUGGGACGGUCAGGCGGGAUCGACGGGGCACUGAAACAGUACAACCUGGACGCUAUAAUCUCCCCGACGAGCGACGCGUCCAAGCCCGCCGCUAUCGCAGCGUAUCCUGUCAUCACUGUCCCCCUUGGCUUCCAGCCGCAUGAUGUGCUCCUUUCCGAUGCUAAGCCCACGCGCGCCAUAGGCCCGAACAUGCCGUUCGGGAUCUCAUUCCUCGGGACAGCGUACAGCGAAUUCAGCCUGAUCAAAUACGCGUACGCCUAUGAACAGGCGACAAAGACUCGGCUCAAGCAGUUGGCAUACUCGGAAGCAAUUCCAAAGACACAGUUGGGUGACGUGAUUGGGAAGUAG